AUGGGAAUCCUCUACGCCGCGAACGAAAAGCACACCAAGUACUUCCACCAUGGCUACAUGAUGGACACGAACAUAAAUAUAGAGGACGACUUGGAGUUAUAUUCGUGCAAGUUUCUGCGCAAGGGGGAGAGGAGGAUCGUCCGCAAGCUGCGUAGGGACGUGCUAUACGGAGCCACGUUCGACCACCUGUCCAAGCUGAGGGCGCAUACCUACGACAAGACGAGCAGCAUGCCGCGCUUCCUGCUUAAGGUUUAUAAUAUGUACGAGGAUGCGAGCAGUGUGCACGUCGUCAUGGAGCGCUGCACCGGCGGAUUCCUGACGGACGACCUCCUGGACGAGAGCAACGUCAUCAGCGAGCGGCUCCUGGCGGAGUGGUUCUUCCAGAUCAUAGUGGCCAUGGCCUUCCUGGAGGAACAAAACAUUCACCACGGAAAUUUAAAUGGCUAUUGCAUCUACCUGAAGGACCAAAAGAGAGACGAAGUGAGAGUCAGCCUCUUAAGCAAAGAUAAAAAAUAUGAUAAUAUAGAUUACAACGGAGACCUGUAUGGGUUAUUCUUCAUCAGAUCCCCACAGGAAAUCAAAAAAUUAAAUCACAACAAGAAUAACACGUGGUACAUUGGUCUCCUACUCUACUUUAUGUUGACUGGUUCGUUUCCCUUUUUUAAUAAAGACGCUUUGCAAACCUAUUCGGACAUAGCACAUGAGGAAGUUUCUUUGGCCCAUUUGAAAACGCAGUAUAGCAAACUGGGCAGUCCCAUUUUUGACUUCAUCAAGCAGUGCCUGGAGAAGGACUACGACUUGCGCCCCACCCUCCACGAGCUCGCGCAGCAUCCCUGGAUACGGGGUUAG